AUGGUUGGUGGUGUCGCCUGCACCCGGCCUCGGUGUGUAGCCCAUCAUGGCGGUGGUUGUCAUUGGUUCGCAAUAAUAGGCCGACAAGAAAAACAGAAGAACGGUGAUACUUUUCGUGGUGGCCACGAAGCUUUUGUGGGCCUGUUGUACAGUGCAGCAGAGUUUAAGGUGGACUUGACUCAGCUCUACGCCUAUGUGAUCAGCGGUCGUUAA